UGAGUUGAAGACCGUUUUAGUAAAUUUUGAUAAAACAAAGAGGAGCACAUCUCAGCUGCAACAGACUAGGAUAAACCAUGAGUCAAUGCCCGUACUUUGAGAAGAAACAUUUGUUAUUCAAAAGUAAACCUCCUAUUGAAGAAAGCCAGGAUGCCUCGCAGGCAGGGGCAGACAAGGACAGUAAAGGAAGAAUCAUCUAUGGUGACUACCUGCAGCUGGACAAAAUAACCACAGCUCAAGUGUUGCAAAGUGAACUGCAAGGCAAUAAAAUCCACGACGAGCAUCUUUUCAUCGUCACCCACCAAGCCUAUGAACUGUGGUUCAAGCAGAUUCUUUUUGAGCUCGAUUCGGUGCGGGAGAUUUUCAUCAGCGGACAUGUUAGAGAUGAACGCAACAUGCUCAAAGUCAACACACGGAUUCACCGGAUAGUAAUGAUCUUCAGACUGCUGGUCGACCAAUUCGCAGUUCUGGAAACAAUGACAGCGCUGGAUUUCUUUGACUUCAGGACGUACCUGACUUCCGCUUCUGGGUUUGAAAGCCUUCAGUUUCGACUUCUGGAGAACAAAAUCGGGGUGCAGCACAACCUGAGGGUUCCUUACAACCGAAGGCAUUACAAGGACUACAUUAAAGGGGAUGACACUGAGACGCUUCUAGAGACAGAGCAAGAGCCAACACUUCUAAAGCUGGUUGAGGAGUGGCUGGAGAGAACGCCUGGCUUGGAAGUGGAUGGAUUCAAUUUCUGGGAACGGCUUGAAAUCAAUAUAUUUGACGGGCUGAAUGUGGAGGAAAAGAAAAUCGAGAAAAUGCCAGAGUCAGAGGAGAAGGAGAAGCUGAUGGUUGAGGUCGUCCAACAGAGAGAGCACUUCAUGUCCCUAUUUGAUGAAAAGCGUCAUGAACAUCUGGUCAGCAAAGGGGAAAGGCGGCUGUCUUACAAGGCUUUACAAGGUGCUCUGAUGAUUUACUUCUACAGGGAAGAGCCGAGGUUCCAGGUUCCCUUCCAGCUGCUCACAUCCCUCAUGGACAUGGACACCCUCAUGACAAAAUGGAGAUACAACCAUGUGUGCAUAGUACAUCGAAUGAUUGGCAGCAAAGCAGGCACGGGGGGCUCAUCAGGCUACCACUACUUAAGAUCCACUGUCAGUGACCGCUACAAAGUGUUCGUGGAUCUAUUUAACCUGGCAACGUUCCUGGUGCCUCGUCACUGGGUGCCCAAACUGAACCCCAACGUUCACACCUUCCUGUACAUGGCCGAGUGCUGCGACAGCUCCUACUGCAGCAGUGAGGACUCAGACUAGGAGUUCAUCUCAGCCGUCUGUUAUGGCUUCUCUUCGCUGUGACAGAGAUCGCAGCCGGGGAGUUAUUUG